AUGCCUCCGCGCGGUCGCAAACGCGCGUCAGAUGUCGAUCCCGGACCGCAGCCCGAGAGUCCGUCUCCCUCUUCCCUGGCUGAUCGUGAGCCGCCGCCGCCCUUCUUCAACACAACCUUCUCCACCCAUCGCGCAUCACCCCUCUACGUCGGCGCCAAUGCCCUUACCUUUCCCCGCUUACAGACGCUCUCGCAACGCUUGCGCGACACGCUCGUGGGAGACGUCGUGAGAGGCGUGCAAGUAGGUCUGGAAGGUAGCGACAGCUCACUUGGACGCGCCGGGCCCCUCGAGAGGGUCGGCAUCCGCUGGGUCGGUCUUGGUGCCCUGCUCGGCGGCGCACUCGAUGCAGAUGCAGACCUCAGUCAAGACCUAGGCGGGGAAGUGGCGGACAGCAAUAUGGACCUCAUGAGGAGGGGCCUGGUAUUCGAAAUCAAAUACGAGAACGCGCUAUGCACAGCUGUGCUGCUGCCGGCACUUUCCGACAAGACAAAGGAUACGCGACAGGACGGACUGGCUGCCAACAAACUCGAGAUACCUGGAUUUCUCGGCAAUGACAGCUCGGAUGAGGACAACCGCUUUCUGAAUCUGCCUUUGCUUCUCUUGCGCAUGCCGGGGCCCCUGAAAAGCCUCAUCGUGGACUUCCUCUCAAGCACCUUCGACUGCCGCAUCAGUUCUAUGCGCCUGGGCACAAAAAGCCUCACAUCUGCGUGGGAGAGGUGGAUCCAAGACGCCGGGCUCCCCUCGCAAGGCCCGUUGGCCAAAGACAUGGUCUUGACUUUGGGUUUCUACGUACCACCUCCCGACACCUCCGAGGGAAACGAAGACCAGCAACUAGAAGGGCUAGGGAUCAAGUCGAUAGAUGUCAUCAUUCCGGCUGAGGAGCUACGGAGGUUCGUCAAAGAAGGCCAGGGUGUCGCAAACCCUGCGGAAACUACCAAGCGGAAACCAGGCAGCCAAGGAUACGAGGGCGAUCAGAGAAAGAGAAAGCGACUGGCUGGCGGCAAGGCCGACGAGGGUUGGGGAUGGAUCGAAGAGGGCAACGGCAAAGAGCCGGAGCCGUUUCUGCGCGCCCUGGGUGCCUACUUGGACAAACAUCUCGCCCUCAACCUCUUCCAUCCUGGGGUGAGGGUCACCAAGAUCGCUUGCGGCGGAUUCGUGCUCUCUGAGGGACGAGUCAAGGUGUUUCCCCCGCCUGGCAACGACGACGAGGACCAAGUGUACAAACCCAUCAAGAGCCUUGUCGGAGACCUCAUCGACAGCGCCGUAUCCUGA